AUGGCCAGCUCGGCGGUGACGCGCGGCCCUCACGUGACCGCGAGCUGCAGAGCGACGCAGACUUCAGUGCAGUCAUCACUCCAGUCUGGGUACCAGCUGCCCGGCGCACGGCGGGCUGGCAUCGGCCCGGGCAAAGAGCAGCAGGUAAGGCCGGGGGCCGCGCGCUUCCCCCAGCCGCAGUCGCCUGCCGACCCCAGAAUUGGGUGCGAGGGAACAGUGAGCUUUGACUGGGCGAAUGUGCUGGGGAAGCCCCAGGUUCUGCCUGCCAGGGAAAUGGGUCUCUGCAUCCAGAAAGGCAGAUCUGCCUGUAGGUCUGCUGUAGGGAUUGGCACCACUGGAAGCGAAGAAACAAGGGAAAUUGCCCCGAUCAGUAUAAACUGGUCUAAAGAUCGCAUGAAUUUAUAGAUCUGCUUUAUGGUGUAUCAUCAAUCAAGAGAAGCAGAGAGGAGGGAACUGCCUCAGAUCAUUACAGGUCCACCUCUAGUGGCAGCUGUAGUGGCCUUUGAGUGGCUGAAGAUACACCCAAACCUACCAUCCUCUUUCCCCAGCCUAAGUGAGCACUGUCUGUUCCUUGUUCGUGCCUUCAACAGGGGUGAUUACAUGGGCCGCAUUCAGGAAGUGGGCUGGGUGACUGCAGGACUGGUGAUCUGGGCUGGCACCUGUUACUACAUUUACAGAUUAACCAAGGGAAGAGCCCAGAGUGUGAGGAGACUGACCAGAAAUGGGUCCAGAGUCAAGAUGGAGACUAUGGUUGAGGUGCAGAACCAGACUUUGGCCAAGAGUGAAGCCAUGGCUGGGGCAGAGAUUGAGAGUAUACCCAAGGCCAAGAUUGGAGCAGAAAGUGGAGCAAGAGGUGGGACUAAGGCUGAAGUAGCCCUAGCCACUGCUAUAGCCAGCCCCAAGGUCAACUCCCAGGUCAAGGCAAUGACUGGGACAGAGGCCAAGGCAGAGGCAGAGCUCCAAUCUGAGACCAAAGCAGUUUUUGGAACAGUGAUCAAGACAGAGGCAAUGGCUCUAAAUAGGGCCAAGGCCAAAGCCAGGGAAGUUUCCAAGAAAGAGGCAAUGACGCAAACUGAGGCUGAGGCUGGGAGAGUAGUAAAGAAAGAGGCAGUGACCCAGACCAAGGCUAAAGCUUGGGCACUGGCUGCCAGGGCAGAGGUCAAGAAAGAAGCAAUGACCCAGACCAAAGCUGAAGCUUGUACAUUGGCUGUAAAAGAGACAGAGAUUAAAAGAGUAAUGGUGACACAGACUGAGGUCUUGGCAGUGACCAGGGAAGUGGUCAAGAUGGGAGCAAUGAACAAGACUGGAAUUGUGGCUGAGACCAAGGCAAGAGCCAUGGAAGAGACUGUAUUGAUCCCAGGAGCAUUCCCUAAUAAAAGCCCUUCAUGCUGA